GCAAGUUAUCAGGAAAUCAGUUCCGGCACAAUGUAAACUUCGGAGCAUUUUUAGGGAGGCUCAGGGGUGAGAUUGUUGAAGACAUUGGAGUGGCAGUAUCUGGCACUGGGCAAAACUGACGAUGGGCAUCUGCAAUAGAUAUUCUUCACUGGGCCUGCUGGCUAUGGCCUUGAUAUUUGUGGCCCUUAACCAGAGUGAGGCGGCAACCACAAAAGACCCAUGUCCGGCCAACAUGUUUUAUCGCUGUAAACGUACUUGUUACAAUAACUGCGAUAAUCUGAACAGCACGAGUGAUGCCGGCUGCACUAGGGUGUGCAGGUUGGGAUGUGACUGCAAACAAGGCUACGUCUUUAAAUCCAAGGACUCUAACACCUGUGUCCCCGUUUCUGCCUGUAACGUCUCCUGCCCCGAGCACUCAGCCUUUAUACCCUGCUAUAGGUAUGGGCGCAAGUCUUGUUCUUCAUCAACCAUGGAACAAAUGCCUUUAAAAACCUGCUCGCCCCGCUGUGUUUGCAAUAAAGGCUACAUUCUCACAGAUGCCCCGGUUCCACUGUGUAUUAAAACCAGCGCUUGCCCUAAAAAACCUGUCAAUGGUAUCAACCACAGAGAACAAAUAUGGUGAUUUUGUGCCAAUAAAUUUAUGAGAAUCCAAGUAAUAAUUAUACAACUUUCUGUCGGCUUCAUUCUCUAAAUAAACUACAAGUGCAUAGUUA